AUGGCCCCAAAGAAACGCUUGCCGCGCAGGAAUAAGACGACGGAUGGCCAUCCAAAUUUGGAGGAGGCAGCAGCUGAGCGCAUCGACGCCGUCACCGCGGAGCCGCUGCAUCCUUUGCGGUUUGUUGAGAUCCUGAGCCCAGAUGGAACGUUGCGGCUGUUUUACAACACCGCCACGCUUAUUCGUAUCGCCACAGACAGGGGCAUGUUUAUGCAGCCACCGCAUUUUCGGGAGCCAAUGCUGCCUUCCUUGCAGCGGCAGGUGGAGGAGAUUGAGGGGCGAACCUUUCGCUUUGAGAAGAGCAACGUUCUUAUUCGCGACAUCGGGGAUGAAAAUGCAGGUGGCAUCCACGUUCUUCACAGGCAUGUGUACUUUGACCAGAUUAUGGAUGAGUUCUAUCUUCUUAAUCCGGCCGAGCUGUACGUGUGCCCGGCGUGCUACCUCCAUUGGAUUGGCGCACGCCUUAUUCCACACCUGACCGAGACCCGACAGAGAAUUGAAUACGUGGACGGGGACCCUAACCCUGUCAUCGACCCCCUAGACGUUUUUGCGCACAUGCAGGGGGUGCAAAAUGCGGCGGAGAAUGAAGCCGAUGCCUCGCACGCGGCGGACGUGAGUGCAGAAGUGGAGCGUGUUCCGUUGACAAUUCCUUCCAUGGACGUGGUGCCUAACUGGGACUCUCCGCUGGUGCACAUUGUGUUCCGUCGCGCCAUUAGUUGGAGGCGCCACGUUCGCCGCCACCACAGCGACACGGGAACCGCCGCUGUAGACUACCGCCUAAAAGAAUUCCUCUCACAGUACAUCUCACAGUACAAUCGUCUGCUGGAGGAAAAGAACCGAAAGCUGCGGCGCCGCGGCGAUGGCGCCUCCACGGGGACUCCUGAACUGACCGUGCCACGCUAUUGGCACAUCAAUGCGCGGUACAACCGUUUGCGUUACAAUCGAAUAGUGGAGGCAGUAGAGCGUGCGGAGCCGCACCUCGACGAAUGCGUGAACCAAACAGCUUUUCCAAAUGAGACUGUGAUGAACACAUUUCACUCGAACGAUCAGGACAGCUCCGCAAGCGACUUUAUUUGCGACUCGGACAGCAGCAGUGAGAGUAGCGGGAGCAGCUAUAGUCAAUUUUCGCGCCAUGAGCAGCGCUCGCCGGACCCGUACGGGGAGGCCGAUGCCGACGAGACCCAAGAGUCGCGCAAACGUCGGCGCGAAAGCAGCAGCCCAACCACUUCCGCCUCCUCUACCUCUUCAUCUCUCCAGGAGGAGGCGGAGGAAGAAGAGUCGAGGGCCAAACAACGCCGAUGGCUUAAGACUGGACUCUUGGCGCCACUUCCCGAGCCUUACCGUGAGCUCACUUAUGAAGAGCGCCGGGUGUUGGACGCCCACGCGAAACGGGUGGUUAAACCGACACUGUUGUAUGUCCCGCCGCAGGAGGGGGAAAGCGAAGACGACUCUGAAGAAGAAGACGUGGAUUGGGGUCAGAUUGGGGAAACAAUCGAAAGUGCUGCCGUGUAUGUUCGUGACAUGCAGCAGCGUCACACCAACACAACGACGACGACGACGACGACGAAUACGACGUCUACCCCUGCGGACCAGCGCGGUGGGAAGACAUCGAGUAAAGAAUGUAGUGCGACAGGUAAACGGAUGACAGAUGCACCGUCGACGGCAUGCGCAGUACAGAGGCUCAUGCUGGAUGACGACUCACUGCCCCCCCACGACCACGGCGCACCAAAACUCCUUUGCGCCUGGCCGACAAAAACGUCUUCUUUUGGAUGA